GCGGGGGCGCGGGAGCGGGCGGCAGCUGUCGCGCAGAGCUCCUCGCUGCGGCCGGGAGCGUGGCGCUGCCGGCGCUGCUAUGGCGCUCUCCGCGGCGCCCCUCAAGGUCUGCAUCGUGGGCUCGGGAAACUGGGGUUCUGCAGUUGCCAAAAUAAUAGGCACUAAUGUAAAAAAACUGCAGAAAUUUGCCUCUACAGUGAAGAUGUGGGUCUUUGAGGAGAACAUCAACGGGAGAAAGCUGACAGACAUCAUAAACAAGGAACAUGAGAAUGUGAAGUAUCUCCCUGGAUACAAGCUUCCAGAUAACGUGGUUGCUAUCCCAAACCUUAAUGAAGCUGUACAAGAUGCAGACUUGCUGGUUUUUGUCAUUCCUCAUCAGUUCAUUCAUAAAGUCUGCGAUGAAAUCACAGGGCGAGUGCCUAAGAAAGCUCUUGGUAUAACUCUCAUAAAGGGAAUAGACGAAGGCCCGGAGGGACUCAAACUGAUCUCUGACAUUAUCCGAGAGAAGAUGGGAAUAGACAUCAGUGUGCUGAUGGGAGCUAACAUUGCCAAUGAGGUGGCAGCAGAGAAGUUCUGUGAAACCACAAUAGGUACUGUUCCAAGUGGCAGCAAAAUCUUGGAAAAUGGCCUUCUCUUCAAAGAACUCCUGCAAACCCCAAACUUCAGGAUCACUGUAGUAGAUGACGCAGAUACUGUUGAGCUCUGUGGUGCUUUGAAGAAUAUCGUAGCAGUAGGAGCUGGGUUCUGCGAUGGCCUCUGCUGUGGUGAUAAUACCAAAGCUGCUGUUAUUCGCCUUGGCCUGAUGGAGAUGAUUGCCUUUGCCAGGAUCUUUUGCAAAGGCCAGGUGUCUACUGCCACUUUCCUGGAGAGCUGUGGAGUGGCUGAUCUCAUCACAACGUGCUAUGGUGGCCGGAAUCGGCGUGUGGCAGAAGCCUUUGUUAAAACCGGAAAGUCUAUUGAAGAAUUGGAGCAAGAAAUGUUGAAUGGUCAGAAACUGCAAGGACCACAAACCUCUGCAGAAGUGUACCGCAUCCUCAAGCAGAAAGGAAUGCUGGAGAAGUUUCCUCUGUUCACUGCUGUCUAUCAAAUCUGCUACGAAGGGAAGCCUGUCAGAGAGAUGAUCUCCUGCCUUCAGAGUCAUCCAGAGCAUAUAUAAAGCCAGCCAGGCCAUGGCGCUACUGCAGCUUUCCGCCUUUCAAACUUAGACGUGGGUUCAAGUGGAUGUAUCAUGCUUCAUUCAAAGCUGCUGGCUAGGCAACAGCCACAACGUGAAUGUUUCUUCCUGGCUAUUGUUCUGUGUUACACAGCCUUGUCUCAAGCAGCCUGCAGUGUCAGCUUGGUGCGGGUCAUUUCACCGUCUCAUGCAACUCGGUUUAGAUCACGAUGCAGAAGUUGCUCUACCUAUCUUGUGUAGACACACAAGUGCCCUGUGUGUGUGUUCCUGUGACAUAAACCACAGUGUUCUCUUCUCCCUUGUGGAGGCCUAGUCAAAGAUCUGUUGCACACAGUGGUUUUGGUGGGGGCUGAGCCAAGCCUGUAGCUGAAACAUCAGGAAUCUUUCUGUUAGAACUUGGGUUAUUACCUGCCUGGGAUGAUAUUAAUCUAAGCCACGAGGAUGCAAAGCAAGUGGUAGCAGCUAUUCAGGGGCCUGCAGGGGUAUUUGAAUUAACUCUGCUGAAGAGUGCUUUGAUUUUUGAAGGGUUUUUAAACUACCAGACUCUUGUGAAACUGAUUUCUAAGUGAAUUUAAACUUUUUAAUUACACUGUUUUAAAGGGAAUAGACCAGAGGGGGAUCACUACCUCCCCUUCUGUUUUUUAAUCCUUGUGGUUUUGUAUUUCUCUGUUGCUCCUUUGCCAUUCCUAAACGUUAGGCUGUUCUGGAACCCUGUUCUCCAAAACAAGAGGGAGAUGUUGACCAGGGAAUUCUGAAUGCUGGAACUUAGGGUUCGCUUUAGUGUUACACCUGUGGUUGUUCUUCACUGGUAUUGUUUGGUGGAUGGGAAAGGAUACUCUUGGAUGUCUCUUGCUCUAAAAUCAUCACGCUGCUUUUCUAGCUGCAAAGUGUUCGUUCGACACAACACUGGAAGGAACAUCUGGGGAAUUCCCUGGCUUGUGCUGUCAAAAGAGUGAUCUGCCAGUAUCUGGACUGCAUUCAUUUCAGUGCCUGACAGUGACUGACUCAUCAACUGGACUUUGGUCCUGAAUCAGCCACCCCAGCGAAAAGGAGAAUUCGGAAGUUAAUCUUUCACUGGACAAGACUUUAAUGAGUGCUGGACAAAGACCUUUGGAGUCUCCCAGAAAGUUCCUCAAAGGCACCUGUCUCUUUUAUACCCCAGGAAUCUCACCUGUUUCUUUUUCAGGCACCUUUGCUUUUUGAGAGAGAGUAAUUUAAUUUAUUGUUGGAGAAUCUGUGAUUUUGUGGAGUUUGGAGGUGAAGUUGGCUUGAUUGGGAUUCUCUAGCAUCGACCUCCUGAAAAACAAAAGAGAAGGUAGAUAAAUGAAAUCUGUCUUGCUUGUCUUGGAUGUUAAGCUCUGAUUCUUUUGGUGAAAUAGAUGCUAAGCACAUAAUGAGUGGACUCAGUCUUGCAGCUGGGAAGCAAGGGCUAGCACUGAGAUUCACAGAGCUCAGCAAAAAUGCCCAUCAGCUCCGAAUUCCCACUGCAAACCUCUGAGCAGGAUCAGAACUGUCAGUUGCUGAUCUCGGUGGUGUUUUCAGACCAGAAAUUGUAGCACAAGUCCAUCUUGAAACAUGGAGUUGUCAUUCAGAGCUUGCUAAAACAACAGCAGUGCCUGAGAAUAACGCAAUUGAUACUGAAGUAGCCCGGAUCAGUCUGACACAGGUGAGCCUUCCAGCAGCUCUGUGUAGACAGAAGGAUGCUUCAGCUCAGGGGGAGCAUUUCUUGUGCUCCUGUCGUGCUUUUAAUUCAUUUUCAGAUCUGCUGAAUGUUAUCAGCUAAUCACUGAUACCAAAAGUUGUUCUUGCCUUAUUUCUGAUUUCAUGCUGAAUGGAAUCAAUGACUUAGAAGUUAAAUGUUGCCAUUGAGGAAGUCCCAGGUGGAGCUGCCGCGGAGCCAGCUAAAAGGAUGGGUCAGGAUGGGAAGCGCUGUUGCGCUAACGCACACGUGGAGCGUGCACUCCUCCUUACUGCCUAACUCUCAGUGUGUCUGCUGAUGCUUUGCAGUGCUUUCUUUAAUACCAGGCUGGUCUGCUUUGCCUUUGUGUCUGUGUGUCUCUCUGUGGAAACCUUUUUUACAUGCAGCAUGUAGAAGAGCAGUGUUUUGUAAGGGAAAGGGCUAUAUGAGUUCCACGUGCUAGAUUGAUAUCCAUGUUAAGAGUAUUUCUUUGCUAUUGCAGUAGUACUUCUGCCUCUGAAAGCCCCAAACCUUAAUUGCCCUGCUUUUCUACAGAAGCCUGUUCUAAGGCACAUCUGGUUUUUGUUGCUCAGUUCUUUCCUUCAGUGUGUAGUGAUGCUAUUCCAUUUUGAGACAGAAAGCAAAGGUUCAUUCACUACAGUAAUUUCAAUUUCUAUAGCUACUUCUUUACCAUUUGUAUUUGCUCUUCAGUGCUCGAAAACAUUCAGCUUGGCUACAGGUAAUUUUUCCCCACUUAAUAUUUACUGCUUGUUAAAAGACUGUGGUGUGAUAUACUGGAGCUGAGUUAGUAGAAUCCUGUUCUGCAAACACUCCAUUUUGCCUAGCACUGGGGUAGUCUUACUGAAGACAUUUAAGCCCUGUGUGAGGGGUCUUAAAUCUGGCACUAAUUCUUGAUUUGUGAAGAUUAAUUGAUACAGAAGGAAUUAUCUGCUAAUGCUACACACUCAGCUUGCCCUAGACGUGUACUGAUCGUGUUUAAAGAUGGUGAAUGUAUACUUACUUGGAGAGUUAUUACAAGUAAAGGUUUUUGUUUUGGGAA